AUGAACGUGAAUGUAGUGACCCUUGCUGCAGAUUAUGGACAGGCUAGACAAUUUAACAAAAAGGGAGUAUGCCAGAGAAGCACCACAGCCAGGCCACAGCCAACACUGCCAAGUGAUGCAGAUGGUGGUAAUGCAGGUUCUUCUUCUGCAAGCCGCCCUCCACUAAGGCGCCCAUCACAGGGCUCGGUGAGUUUGCCUAGGAGGCAAACCAAGAGACGUCAUCUUAAGGCUGAGUCUGCGGCUCCAUCAUCACCACCCCGGAGGCGCAUCUCCGCAGUGUUGCCCCUGCUGCCACAGGCAAUUUUGGCUAGUCCAGAAAGCGAGGAGCCACAAUCACCUCAGCUGUCUGAACCACCCAUCAUGGUCGAGGACGCCCAGCAGGAAACUGACCAGCAGCAGCCUACCUUCACACUACACCUGCAGCCCAUUGAUCCUACCCAGCCAACCCCGCAGCAGGACAUACCACCAACACCCCAAACAUCUGUUAGCCCCCAAUUGAUGCCACCACCACCCCAGCAAGAAAUGUCCCCUGACUUUUGGAACAGUUGGGCCACACAACAGGCACAAAACUCAGCCUACCUGAACACCCACACCCAACACCUUGCCAGUCUGCCCCAUCAUCUUCCUCGCAUCAGUCGGAACUCAGGCAGACUGAUUGUUCAGGUUGGAAGGAUAGCAAAUUCGAUGGACCAAAUGAGGGCGGACAACAGCGGCAGCAACAAGCCCUAAUCCAAGUAAUACAGCACAACCAAGUGGUCAACGAAAAUUUAUCUAGAAUUAUUGGCAGCCACACUGCCACAAAUAACCAACUUAAUGCGAGCAUACACAACCUCAGCCAAAGUAUUCAUGUAUUAGCAUCCCAACUAGUCAGCUCAAGCUCUGGUACUACUACCCCAGCCAGACCCCAGUUACCUCCCCUGUUCGACGCUCUAGCAGAACACGGGCCAACGACCCAGGUCAAUCCUCUGCACCCAGCACACACAAAAAAAAUAAGGAAGGAUGCCUCAAAUGUUUGUAACACAAUAAAAAUUUUGUUAGUGUUUACCCAAAAA